UGAUUCUAGUUCCUGGGUCUGUCGGCGACAUCGCCGCCGUUUCCGAGCUUGUCUUCAAGGUGAUCAAGGUGCUCAACAAUACUUGUGGUUCUGCGGUCGAGUACCUCGAACUUCGGGACGAACUCAUCGCCUUCAGCAACGUGCUUGACCUGGUUCAAGAGAAAUUUGCCACCUCUCCAAGCGACGACAACCUACAGACUGCACAACGUCUCAUCUCUACGGAAAUCCUGCAGAGUCGCCUCGUUCUGGCGAAGUUUGUCAAGUCCAUCAAAGGCUACCAUCGCGCCUUUACAUCGGCAGCUCCCAGGAGCCGCAAACGUGCCAUGAAACUCGUUUUUCGAAAGAUAUUUUGGGCGCUCUUCAAGAAAGAAGAUGUAAACGCUGUAUGAC